AUGGCUUCAUUGCGCACUCUCCUGCCUCUUGUGGCUUCGAGUUUCUUCUCACAAGCAUGGGCAAAGCAUGUUCAGUUUGAGCUGGACUUGACAUGGCAGAAAGGAUCUCCGAACGGGAACGUUCGGGAGAUGAUUUUCAUGAAUGAUCAGUUCCCGGGCCCUGAGCUGCGCCUAGAUCAAGGCGAUGAUGUGGAGUUCAUUGUGCAUAAUCAUAUGCCUUUCCAAACGUCCAUUCAUUUUCACGGGAUCGAGCAGCUGGGCACUCCAUGGUCAGAUGGGGUGCCUGGUUUGACGCAGAAGCCCAUUCAGCCCGGCCGUAGCUGGACAUAUCGCUGGACAGCUACUCAGUAUGGAACCUACUGGUACCAUGCCCACAUCAAAUCAGAGAUGAUGGAUGGCCUCUACGGGCCGAUUUGGAUCAAUCCUUCCCCUGAUACCCCCGAUCCGUUCCACCUUAUCUCCGACAAUGCGGAAGAUAUCGAGGCGAUGCGCAAGGCGGAGAAGAAUCCGCACUUGAUCAUCCUCUCAGACUGGGACAAAUUGACAGCAUCGGAAUAUCAACAGGCACAGGUUGAUAGCCGACUCAAUAUUGCAUGUAUGGACAGUAUUCUCGUGAACGGUCGGGGUGCUGUUUACUGCCCUGGCGCCGACAAAAUCUCGUCUGUGGAACUGCCGUAUCUGCAAUCACUUGUCGCCGAUGACUCCUUGACGGACAAAGGAUGCCUGCCCUUUAACUAUCAGACUCAAGGUGAUUUUCCACCGACGUACCCGGAUCGUCUUCCGGAGGGACUUCAUUCAGGCUGUGUUCCAACCGACGGGGAGCAUGAGAUUAUCGAAGUUGAUCCUCAAGACAAAUGGGUUGCCCUCAAGUUCAUCAGCGCUGCCUCUUUGAAAGCAUUCAUGUUCUCUAUUGAUGAACACCGUAUGUGGAUCUACGAGGUCGACGGCGGCUACAUGGAGCCACUUACUGCGGACAGUGUUCCUCUUUUCCACGGGGAGCGCUACGGUGUAAUGCUGAAGCUAGACCAACCGGUGAAAGACUACACCAUUCGCGUCCCCGACACGCAGGAUGAUCAAGUUAUCUCAGGCUUCGCCACUCUCCGCUACAAGGGCUCCUCUGGAUCCACCUCGGAGCCGUCAAAGCCGUUUGUGGAUUAUGGCGGGCGGAACACAACGGCGUCGGUGACUAAGUUGGAACCCAAGUUCAUUCAUCCUUACCCGGCCGUGACCAUCCCGCAGACUGCCGACCAGAUGGUGAAUCUUACUCUGGGUCGGGUUGGGUCCUCCUACACAUGGACAGCCGCCGGUGGUGCAUUGUAUGACGUGAUGGCCAACGGGGAUGACCCCAUCCUGUAUGAUCUCGACGCCCAGAAGAACCUCGCGGACCAAGUCACCAUUCAAACGAAAAAUGGGACCUGGGUUGAUCUCCUGCUGCAGCUGGGAGAGAUGCCGCACACUUCCAGUACCCAAGCCCCACAUGUGAUGCACAAGCACUCCAACAAGGCUUACAUCCUGGGUGUUGGACCAGGUAUCUUCCAAUGGUCCAGCACUGAGGAAGCCAUGAAGGAGCACCCGGAGCUGUUCCAUCUCGAGAACCCGCAACGACGUGAUACUUUUGUCACCAUCAGCCCCCAAGGAGGUCCUAUCUGGAUGAUGUUACGAUAUCAGGUGGUCAACCCUGGCCCAUUCAUUCUCCACUGUCACAUUGAGACCCACUUGAGCAACGGCAUGGCCAUCGCUUUGCUGGACGGCAUUGAUGAGUGGCCUCAAGUCCCCGCAGGUGUGGACCAAAGCCCCCAUGCCCAUAGAAACUGA